UCUUUCCCUUUCUGUUUCACAGAAAAAAUUAUGACCUCAGCAUCCAAAGGAAUUCUCCGCCCAUUUUUAAUUUUCUGCAUUAUCCUGGCCUGCUUCAUGGUGUGUCUGUUCAUUUACAUCAAGCCCACCAACAGCUGGAUCUUCAGCCCGAUGGAGUCCGCCAGCUCAGUGCUGAAAAUGAAAAAUUUCUUCUCCACCAAAACUGGUGAUUUUAAUGAAACUACUAUUCUGAUUUGGGUGUGGCCAUUUGGGCAGACCUUUGACCUUACAUCUUGCCAAGCAAUGUUCAACAUCCAAGGAUGCCAUCUCACGACAGACCGUUCUCUGUACAACAAGUCUCACGCAGUUCUGAUCCACCACCGAGACAUCAGUUGGGAUCUGACCAAUUUACCUCAGCAGGCGAGGCCACCCUUCCAGAAAUGGAUUUGGAUGAAUUUGGAAUCACCGACUCACACACCACAGAAGAGUGGCAUAGAGCACCUGUUCAACCUGACGCUGACUUAUCGCCGCGACUCAGAUAUCCAAGUGCCUUAUGGUUUCUUGACCGUGAGCACAAACCCCUUCGUGUUUGAAGUGCCAAGCAAAGAGAAGUUAGUGUGCUGGGUUGUAAGUAACUGGAACCCUGAGCAUGCCAGGGUCAAGUAUUACAAUGAGCUAAGCAAAAGCAUUGAAAUCCAUACCUAUGGGCAAGCAUUUGGAGAAUACGUGACUGAUAAAAAUUUGAUUCCUACCAUAUCUACUUGCAAAUUUUAUCUUUCCUUUGAAAACUCAAUCCACAAAGAUUACAUCACAGAAAAGCUCUACAAUGCUUUUCUGGCUGGCUCUGUGCCUGUUGUUUUGGGGCCAUCUAGGGAAAACUAUGAGAAUUAUAUUCCAGCAGAUUCAUUCAUUCAUGUGGAAGAUUAUAACUCUCCCAGUGAGCUAGCUAAGUAUCUGAAGGAAGUAGACAAAAACAAUAAAUUAUACCUUAGUUACUUUAACUGGAGGAGAGAUUUCACAGUAAAUCUUCCUCGAUUUUGGGAAUCACAUGCAUGCUUGGCUUGUGACCAUGUGAAAAGGCAUCAAGAGUAUAAAUCCGUUGGUAAUUUAGAGAAAUGGUUUUGGAAUUAAAGUUUGCCAUCAUUUGCACAUUUGGCAAAUCAUUUUGAUGAGAUAUUAUCCAGGUUUUAAGAAUGAGAAGAGACAUUAUUCUGCUUUUGUGUCGUAAUUUAUUUGUAUCACUCUCUCGGGUGACAUGUAUAUUUUGAUGGAGAUUUUUAAGAGCGCAGCAUCAGCAAUCACUCCACUUGGUUUUAAAUUAUCUUAUAUAUACCUAAUUAUGUGCACUGAAAAAUAAUUUAUUAUUCUCUAUCAUUUGUAAACCUCUUUUUUCACAUUUUUGUUGUUAUCUCUAAUGUAACUGUGAUUUGAUUGUUGCUCCUACACUGAACAUUUGUUUCAUCCACUUGGUAAAUGAAGACACAUAUCUUCAAAUAUGAAAUAUUUUCAUUAAACAUUAUCAUCUGUAGUUCCAAGUUGA